AUGGCCGCCAGCCCCGUCUCCCUCCUGGAGCUGGCCGACCUGGCCAUCGGCACCCCCGAGGUGGGCGCCGUCAACUUCACCGCCCUCCACUCACUCAUCGUGGCCAUGCUCAAAAGCCUCAACCUCCACGAGACCCAGAUCGACUUCCAGUCCCAGGCCGCGGAGCAGCUCCGGUACCACGGGACCCCCCGGCCCUCCGCCAGCGCUCCGCAGCUGUCCGCGUCCAAGGAGAGGCGGAGGAGUGUGAGCAGGCCGUCCCCCCAGGGGCUGGAGCGCCAGGUGGAGGAGCUGGGGGGGCAGGUCCAGGGCCUGCACAAGCAGCUCAAGACCGUGGAGGCCCAGGUGGAGGGCGUGGUCUGGCACGUGCAAAACCUCACCGCUGCUGGGCUGGGGCCCGACCUCCGGGAGUGGCUGGGGGAGAGGACAGUGACCCCCACCCAGGGGCCCGAGAAGGCAAUGACCACCCUGGCGCCCCAGAAGAAGCUGGCGCCCGAGGGGGUGUCCAAGAAGAAGCUGGAGAAGAAGCCAAUGACCAUGCCGGUGCCCAAGAGGACGUCAGUGACCUCAGAGCCUUCUGAGAAGCCGGAGACCUCACUGAUGUCGGAGAAGUCGGAGACCUCACUGAUGUCCGAGAAGUCGGUGACCUCACUGAUGUCCGAGAAGUCGGUGACCUCACUGAUGUCCAAGACGUCACAAAGCGGGACAUUGAGAGCCAUGAAGGACGGUGAAAAGGCCGAAGUCAGCAUCACCCAGGCCAUGGGGCUGCUGCAGGACGUCAUGCAGGAGGUACAGCUCCUGAAGGAAGCCCACCAAAAGGAGCAGGAGCUCUCGGAGCUGAAGCCCCAGUCUGAACUCUUCUUCCAGAAGGAUCUUGAGAAGCGCGUCGAGCUACUGGAGAAGCAGAACCAAGAACGGGAGAGCUUCAUGAACCAAGUGGACCGGAAGUUGAGUCUGAUUCCUAUUGGAGAGGACGUCACCAUGGUCACUUGGGAAGAGCUGGAACAGGCCAUCACUGACGGCUGGAAGGCUUCUCAAGUGACCUCAGAGACAUCAACAAUAUCUCCUAAGCGCAAAGGACAAGGUCCCUUGAUAUCAGCUGAUACAAGUCAAAGUGGAGUCUACACCAAGCAUCCGAGCACCGAUUCUACUGGUGGUUCUGCCCCAGCUAAGACCUUAUCAGGAUCCAGUACCACAGGAUACCCUUUUGAGAGGGUUUCUAGCAGGGAUCGUUCCAGAGCUCCCUCUGCAGUCGGGCUUCCUGCUAGAGAACAGCACUCGAGGGCCCGUGAUGAAGCCGGCACGCCAAGACCCCAUCACCCCUCUGCAUCCCACUUCAGAACAGAGCUAGAUCGUCUCAGGAGUCGCGAUCAGUACAGUACUUCACACCCAAGAAGGGAUGAACGAGAGGCACACCCUGGCCCAGCCCAACAGGACCCAGCCUUGCCCAGAGAUCAGCUUGACCAGCGCAGCUUGGUGCCCCCUGGCGUGGUCCAGCGUGGCUUGGUGCCGCCUGGCACGGUCCAGCGUGGCUUGGUGCCGCCUGGUGCGGUCCAGCAGGGCUUGGUGCCGCCUGGGCCAGACCAGCGCAGCUUGGUGCCCCCUGGCGUGGUCCAGCGUGGCUUGGUGCCGCCUGGCGCGGUCCAGCGGGGCUUGGUGCCCCCUGGCGCGGUCCAGCGGGGCUUGGUGCCCCCUGGUGCGGUCCAGCGGGGCUUGGUGCCCCCUGGCGCGGUCCAGCGGGGCUUGGUGCCGCCUGGCGCGGUCCAGCAUGGCUUGCUGCCACCUGGCAUGGACCAGCAUGGCUUGGUCCAGCCUGGUGCAGACCAGCUUGGCUUUGUUCAGCCUGAGGCAGACCAGUAUAGCUUGGUCCAGCCUGGCUUGGUCCAGCCUGGCAUGGACCAGCAUGGUUUGGUCCAGCCUGGCGCAGACCAGCGUGGCUUGGUCCAGCCUGGUGCAGACCGGUAUAGGUUAGUGCAGCCUGGGGCAGAGCAGCCUGGCUUGGUGCAGCCUGGUGCAGACCAGCAUGGCUUGGUCCAGCCUGGGGCAGGCCAGUAUAGCUUGAUCCAGCCUGGCGCAGACCAGCGUGGCUUGGUCCAGCCUGGCACAGACCAGCGUGGCUUGGUCCAGCCUGGGGCAGGCCAGUAUAGGUUAGUGCAGCCUGGCACAGAGCAGCCUGGCUUGGUGCAGCCUGGCGCAGACCAGCGUGGCUUAGUCCAACCUGGUUUGGUGGGGCCUGGACCAGACCAGCAUGAUUUGGUUCAACCUGGUGCAGAUCAACGUAGAUUGGUGCCACCUGGCACAGACCAGCAUGGCUUGGUCCAGCCUGGGGCAGAGCAGCGUGGCUUGGUCCAGCCUGGCACAGACCAGCGUGGUUUAGUCCAGCCUGGGGCAGACCAGUAUAGCUUGGUGCAGCUUGGUGCAGAUCAGAGUGGCUUGGUCCAGCCUGGUGUGGUGCAGCCUGGCACAGACCAGCGUGAUUUGGUGCAGCCUGGUGCAGAUCAACGUAGAGUAGAGCCACCUGGUGCAGACCAGCAUGGCUUGGUCCAGCCUGGUGUGGUGCAGCCCGGCACAGACCAGCGUGAUUUGGUGCAGCCUGGUGCAGAUCAACGUAAACUGUUGCCGCCUGGCACAGAUCAGCGUGGUUUUGUGCAGCCUGGUGCAGUCCAGCAUGGCUUGGUGCAGCCUAGUGCAGACCAGCAUGGUGUGGCUCAGCCUGGUUUAAUUCAGCAUGGUUUGGUGCAGCCUAAUGCAUAUCCACAUGGUUGGAUGCAACCUGGUGCGUAUCCACCCAGUUCAGUGCAGCCUGGCACAUAUCCACUUGGUCUGGUCCCACCUGGUGUAGGUCAGCAUGCUUUGGUACAACCUGUCGCAGACCAGCGUGGCUUGGUGCAACAUGGUGCAGACCAGCAUGAUCUGGUACAACCUGGUGCAUAUCCACCUAGUUCGGUGCAGCCUGGCGCAGACCAGGGUGGUCUGGUGCAGCCUGGCACAGAUCAGCGUGGUUUUGUGCAACCUGUUGCAUAUCCACCUACUUUGGGGCAACCUGGUGCAUACCCACCUCGUUUUGCACAACUUGGUGCAUAUCCCCCUAGUGUGAUGCCACCUGGUACAGCUCAGCAUGGUCUGGUCCAGCCCGGUGCAGUCCGGCAUGGCUUGGCACAACCUGGUGUAGGCCAGCUUGGUUUAGUGCAACCUGGAAUGGAUCAGCGUAGUUUGGUGCAGUCUGGUGCAGACCAGUAUGGCUUGGUCCAGCCUGGCAUGGAUCAACAUGGCUUGAUCCAACCUGGUGCAGAUCAACGUGGCUUAGUUCAACCUGAUGCAGUCCAGCGUGGCUUGAUGCAGCCUGGUGCAGACCAGAGUAGUUUGGUCCAACCUGGUACAGACCAGCGUGGCUUAGUGCAGCCUGGUGCAGACCAGCAUGGUUUGGGGCAGCGUGAUGUAGACCAGCGUGGUUUGGUGCAGCCUGGUGCAGACCAAAGUGGUUUGGUCCAACCUGGAGCAGACCAGCAUCAACAGUAUUCGUUUUUACCUGAUCAGAGUGAUCAUGCGUAUCCUGGCCCAAUGUAUCCUGGCUCUCGUGGCCCAGGAUACCCGGGUGCAGAUGGGCAUGGCCAGAUCAACAUGGCAGGUGCCUCAUACCAACCUGGGACUCACCCAGACCAGGAUACAACCUUUAUCAAGAGGAUAGCCUCUCCUAGUGUUCUUUACCAACGCUCACUUGAGAGUGUUGAAGAUUCCGGUGAGCAACAAGAUUCACUGGAGAAAUUGGCUCCCAGCUUCCCCAUGGCAGUGGAGACAUUUCGUCUGAUGGGAGAGCUCAUUGGCCUCUACACAGAGCUAAAGGAACAUAUAACUGAUUUGGAGGAAGAGAAAGCUGGCCUAACAGAUUUGGAGAAGAUACAGUACAUGAUUGCAGUGAUGGUUAAAAAGAGCAUACCCCCUGACUUCCAGGAACAGAUGAAGACCUUAAAGUCCUUGACCAAAGAAGUCCGGCAAGAAAAAGCAAAAGUGAACAGGAUGCAAAGGAUCCUGGAAGGUGAAGUGAUGCGAGAUGCAGGAAAGGAGAUGAGAGCAGGCCAGCUGGGCUUGCAGCUAGGCGUUCUCAGAGUCACCGUGGCUGACAUUGAGAAGGAGCUGGCCGAGCUGAGGGAGAGCCAAGAGCAGGGCAAGGUCACCAUGGCGAACUCAGUCUCCGAGGCCUCCCUGUACCUGCAGGAUCAGCUGGACAAGCUCAGGACGAUCAUUGAGAGCAUGAUGACCUCCUCUUCCACGCUGCUGUCCUUGAGCAUGGCCCCGCCCAAGGCCCCAGUGACCUUGACUCCCGGCCAGAUUGACCCUGAGGCCACCUGCCCCGCCUGCAGCCUGGACGUGAGCCACCAGGUCAGCACGCUGGUGCAGCGCUAUGAGCACCUCCAGGACAUGGUCAACAACCUGGCCGCCUCCCGGCCGUCCAAGAAAGCCAGGCUCCAGAGCCAGGACGAGGAGCUGCUGGGUCACGUGCAGAGCGCCAUCCUGCAGGUGCAGGGCGACUGUGAGAAGCUCAACAUCACCACCAGCAACCUCAUCAAAGACCACCGGGAGAAGCAGAAGGACAUAGAUGUACUGUACCAGGGUCUAGAGAGGUUGGACAAGGAAAAAGCCAACAGGGAACACCUAGAGAUGGAGAUCAAUGUGAAAGCUGACAAGAGUGCCCUGGCAGGCAAAGUGAGCCGCGUCCAGUUUGACACGACCACAGAGCAACUGAACUACAUGAUGCAGGAGCUGUUGGCCAAGAUCAGCGGGCAGGAGCAGGACUGGCAGAAGAUGGUGGACAAGCUUCUACUUGAGAUGGACAGCAAGCUGGACCGGCUGGAGCUGGACCCAGUGAAGCAGCUGCUGGAGGAACGCUGGAAAUCACUGCGGCAACAGCUCAAAGAGCGCUCUCCACUGUACCAGGCGGACGAGGCAGCCAUCAUGAGGAGGCAGCUUUUGGUGCACUUCCACUGCCUCUCGUGUGACCGCCCCUUGGAGACACCUGUGACCGGACAAAUCACCCCCGUGACACCAGUCAGUCCCUGCCUGCCCAAGCACCGGUCCAUCCGGCCCUACACCAUCUUUGAGCUGGAGCAGGUCCGGCAGCAGAGCCGCAACCUGAAGGUGGGCAGUGCCUUCCCCCGCGGCGACCUGGGCCAGUUGGAGCGGAGCGUGGGGCGCCUGCGCACCAUCCACUCCAGGAUGUUGAUGGACAUCGAGAAGGUGCAGCUGCACUUCGGCGGCUCCGUCAAGGCCAGCAGCCAGAUGAUCCGCGAGCUGCUGCAGGCCCAGUGUCUCACCUCCCCCUGCUACAAGCGGGUGCCAGACAUGCCCGACUACACUUACUCGUCGGUGCCGCGGAGCUGUGGAGGCAGCCACACCCUCACCUACCCCUACCGCCGCAACCGCCUGCAGCACCUGCCGCAGGGCCUGUACCCCUCCGAGGAGAUCCAGAUCGCCAUGAAGCAUGACGAGGUGGACAUCUUGGGUCUGGAUGGACAUAUUUACAAAGGACGGAUGGAUACAAGGCUGCCGGGCAUCCUGACCAAAGAAACCCAAGGAUUGACAAAACACAAGUCCAAGCAGUCCCGGCUCCACGUGCAACGGCAGCAGCCCAUGGGUGACAAGGGCCAGGUGCCCUCGCGGCCUCAGAGUGCUCAGAUGACGGUUGGCAACAACCCAGCCCCUUCCCGUCAGCAGAAAGACAGGCCUGUCUCCUCCGAGGGCCGCCUCUCCCGGGCGAACUUGGUGCACCCGCCCAGCCCCACUGCGAUGGAACACCUGCCGGCGGGCAGCCCUGUGGGCCUAGGGCUGCGCGUGGAUGUGCCUCCUCAGGAGGGGGUCGAAGAGCCCACCCGGGGGCCGCGGUCCACCACUGCUCACUGA